GUAGAGCUUAGGAGGCAAGUAGAGAACGGGAAAGGGGAUCUCGUGGAGGUUGCUGGGGAUAAGGUUACUUGGGUGCGUGGAGUCCAUCAUCAGAGAAAUUGGUUGUGUUUUUCAUGUAAACAGCCUGUCUGUGUGCCGCCUGUGUUGCUACUGGGAGAAGCAGAGGAGGAGGGGUAGAGAGAGGGCGAAACGUUCCCUCUUCCAAUGAAAAUUUCCCAUCUUUAUCUAGCCCCCUGCUACAACUCCCCUGUGAACUCUACACAUUAUUUGUUAAGGUCUUCCUCCAGAGAUUAUAUGGCCAAAACAUCCCCAAUGCUUCAGCGGAGCCGAGGCCAGAGGGAGAACACCUGUGUCUGCAGCAAGGCACGCUGGGGACUGAGAGAAAUAAAAACAUCCACAUAGACUCAAAAUACAUCCUUCAGUAGGGACAAGUACACAACGAUGGCUGUGACUACAGUGAAGACAACUGCUAGCUUUCUCUCCACAAAUGCCACAACCUCUGCAAUCCCCUUCCUCUCUCCGACCACCAGUAGCAGAAACAUCACGUCCAGGACAACCCUAAUGACCGUUACCGUAACUACGAAUGAAACCAAUGUCAACGCCACCAAGUUUCCAGAGUCGGUAGUUGAGGGAUCAGGGAUGGGAAUGGUACUGGUGCCUUUUGGCAUCAUCACCGUCAUUGGCCUGGCAGUGGCCAUUAUGCUGUAUAUUCGGAAAAGGAAGCGGUUGGAGAAGCUAAGGCACCAGCUCAUGCCCAUGUACAACUUUGACCCGGCAGAAGAACAAGAUGACCUGCUGGAGCAGGAACUGCUGGACCAUGGGCGGGACGGCAGCCUCGCCGGGCCCAACGCAAAGACUCUCACAACUUCCCAAGGGACAACGCAGAGGCCCAGUCGUCUGGUCUUCACAGAUGUAGCCAAUGCUCUCAAUGCAUAACAGCACUCCUCCAGCCAUUAGUGAAGUGUGUGGGGGGCUACAUUCCCCACUAUGAAGAUCUGUCGCUCAGGAAGAAAAAAAGAAAAGAAGGGAAAACUGGAUAUAAGCAUGUAGGAGCAAAUGGAGGCUUGA